CUUACAUUCUGGACUAACAUCCUGUGGACACAAUGAGUACUCUACUUGUUGCUUGUUUUUUGUCAACUCUUUUGGCUCCAGGUAAGUUAAGGGCUUUUAAGAAAGAAUUUGGGGUUAGUGGGCAUCUAAAUGUUAUAGUUUAAAUUAGUGGCGUGGAUCAGUUUUAUCUUGAAUGUAACAAGGUAUCAUAAUUCCGAUAUACAGUGGUUUGCAAGAUGAAGUACAGAAGACUUUUUUUGAAGGGGACAUUUCUUACUGUAUCAUCUUGGCAACCCAUUCUUCAAUUGUAAAAUAACCUUUUUUAGUUGUAAUAUAUAAGUUAUAUAGAUUCUACAUCAGCCUAUUGCACAGGAGAUGUCCACAAUUUGACAGACACCAGAGUUCUGCCAAUUAUUCACUAUGUCGGUAUCUUGGAUGCACACAUUAUAAAAACUAUGUCGAGCCAGUAGACAUCUGCAAGUCAUUUAGUUCCAAAUCCUAUUGCAUCUGAAUUCGGCAAUUUGAAAGCGGACACAUUUCUGCAUUCUUUAUAAAAUGUAACAAACUGAAAGCAAGCAAAAUUGGAAGGAAAAGAAACAAAUAAUUUGAGAUCCGUUUGAUUUUAUAAGGAUAGUAAAUUAGGAACUUACGUAUUAAGCAACUCAAACAGCUACAUUCAGAAAAAGUGAUUUUCCUAAUUUUGGUCUUUAUGGGAAUGCCAUAAGUAAGGGUACCAAAUUAUAGAGCUAUCUACUAAACACAACAGCUCCCUAUUUUGGUACCCUUAUAUGUAAUUGACAAAAUUAGGGAGUUGUUUAGUAGAUAGCUCCCUCACUCGUUAACCUUAACGCCAUAAAUAAGGAUACAAAAUUAGGGAGCUAUCUCAUAAACACAACUGUUUACUAAUUUGGCACUCUCACUUGUGAUCGACAAAUUAAGGGGUACCAAAUGAGGGUGUUGUUUUCUAGAUAGUUCGCUAAUUUAUCCUUAACUAUCCUUAACUAUGCAAUCUCACAUAACGAUAGCAAACAAGGUAGUUAUCUACUAAACACAGUGACACAACUAAUUUAGAGAGGGUGCAAAUUUUUUUGUGGGCUAAAAGGUAGAUCCCCAUCUGUAGUACAACUCCAACAAUGCUUUUCCAGCUGCGGAUCUACCAAGUGCCCAUCUUUGCAGAGCUGUAUUUGUAAGCAGUGUUUGUUUGAAUGUAAGCAUGUUUUGUAUGUUUAAAUGUAUGUAUGUAUUUGUGUGUAGUGUCGGCAUUUGAAUGCAGUUGCAUGUUUGCAUCUACAAUUGCUAUUUGAAAGCAAUAGUGUACUUGUGUUUAGUGUUAAUGUUUGAAUGUGUUUGUAUGUAUGGUUGGCGUUUGAUUGCUGAGAUGCAUGCACAUGCACACUGAAACACACAGAUACACACACUGACACAUAUUCACAUACACACUUACUCAUACACACACACAGAUACGUACUGACACAUGCAGACACAGAUUAAUACACACACACAGCUAACACAUACACACAGAGAUAACAUAUAUGCACUCACAGCUAACACAUACAAACACAGAUAACACAUACACACAGAUGUAACAUAUAUGCACACACAGAUACACACAGAUUACACAUACACACAUAUAUAACAUAUACACACACAGAUAAUUAACAUGUUGUUAGCCACUUCCACUGCUUCCAUACUUUUUUGGUGCAGGAGGGUGGCUGCCCUGGGGUCCAGUGACAUCUGGCUGAGUCUUAUGGGAGUCUGGUCCAGGCUCUCCCUCCUUUCUAUUGUCCUUCCCUCUCUUUCGUGUGGCUUGAUGGUAAACUGGGAAGACCUACUCCUUGCACCGCUGCUUCAAAUUGAGCAGGGAGCUCUGUCAAUGUUUUGGAUUCCAUUUCGUCCUUUUUCAAGACCUCCCUCGCUCACCCCUAAUAUUAUUGCAUAUAUACCAUAUAAAAUACAUUCAAUUAAAAAAAACAUUAAAAAACCAAAACAAAAAACCUUUGCUUACUCUACAUCUUCAUGCUUCCCAGACAUCAGGAGAUCAGAAUCGUAAAAGCACAGAAACACCUGUGUCCGAGACUAGCCUGCUACAGAGUGUUAGCUCCAAUAUGUCACUACUGGGACAGCUGUAAAGUAAAAGUGUUCCAACGAGAAAAACGUGAGAAUAACCAUAAUAGUGCAUAAGCUCAGUGAAAUCGUUUAACUAAACACUGGUGCAAAACAUCAUAUCCAUGUUAACAUAUUAUUAAAAACAUAAGAAAAAAAUAAAUACAUUUGGGUUCCGAGUACACAUUAGGUCCUUGGGACAAUAUUUCUUUAGCUCAGCCAUUAAUCUGUCCUUGAUGGAAAGACCAGGUGAGGUCCUACAAUUGGUGCUGAGGUCGGUUUGAUCAUUACGUGUUCAGAACAAUGAUUAGAGGUUAUUAAACAUGAUAUCUAUUUUAUUACAUGCUCUACUGACAUUUUUAAUUUGGUGAUGAGUAAUUUAAUUUUGACUUUUUGUUUUUUUUCUUUUCCCAGCGUUCUCUGGAACAUGUCUAACAUGCACAGUUAAAGAGGGAACAUGCACUGAAAAUACAACUAGGAGCUGUGAUUUCACUACACAUGCCUGUGCUACCGUAUCUACAGAUAGUUAUGGUUGUAAGUAACACCUUGUUAUCCAAUUUUAUAUCAUUAAUAAGUCUACUUGAAUUAGUGGAGUGACAGAAAAUAGGAAAACACAUUGUAUAAAUAGAGGUCAAUGUUUACAGAAUUGGGGAACAAUUACAAAAGAUUUAAUGGGGUGGCAGGGAAGCCAAUUCCUAGAACAAUAGGUUCAGAAUGCUGUCCACUUCUCUCUGUCCCACCUCUCCAAGUUAGCUUUAAACUAAACAGAACAGUCACAGAAUGGAUUUGCUCUUUGAAUGUUAUAGUAUUGGAUUUUAAGCUGUUGGUUCAGAAAAAUAUUUAGUAGUUUCCAAAUUUUAUAAACAAAGAGCAGACUGAAUCCUGACUUCCUUUCUGUAUUUGUUUGCAGCCUCUAGUGAUACAUCCCGAACCUGUAUUGAAAAGAGUCAGUGUGAUAAAUCUGCAACAUAUGUGUCAAAUACAAGUGCAGUCAGACUGAGCACCACCUGCUGCAAUGAAGACAACUGUACAUCCACAAUACCCACCUGUAAGUAUCAACCUAACGAUUUAUAAUACAUUGCAUUAUUUUAGCAUGAUGCCUUUAUCGUUAUACCUGAUAAAGGACAUGAAAACUCCAUACAAACUUUGCACGGGAAAGUCCAGCAUCUUCCAAUCACCCAUAAGAAAGCAUUGAUUCAAUAUACUUUUCUUUUUCUUUUAACAUUUUUAGUGUUUCUUUAACAAAAAGAAUCUAGAUUCGUUAGACCAUCAGGCUCUGGCUUUUCCCAGUUGGGCUUGAGUUCAGUGCCUUGGUAAAUGCUAAGUUAGUGAAAGGUUCCUCCAUAAUAGUAACUUUGUCUGCUGGUAUCUUAUGCGUCAGGCUAGUUCUGAGAUAAUCAAUGACUAGGUUUUGUGAUAUCGACUUUUGUGGAAGAUUGUAAAGAGUCUGGUAGUAAGAGUGAAAUGUUUGAGCUAUAUGAUCUGUAGUAAAAUGUGAUAUACCUGCGCUGUCUGUUAUUUUUGCUAUAUAAGCUGCAUGGCGUUUAUGAAAAAGACUGGUAUGCCUAAUGCAACACACAGGUUUGAGGGAAUCAGACUUAGGUAAAUUGCUCAAAACUGGAUAAAUACAGGAAUUCACCACACCUGUCUUAAGAGGUUUGGUAAUAGGAAAGAGUAAUAUAACAACCUUAGUUGGUAUAUAUGUUCCAGGAGCUGAUCCACCUAAAAUGGCUUUGCAAAUCAACUCCAAUAUUGUCUGAAAGGAGCUGGAAGAAAUGAAAUAAAUGCAGUAAAACUAUAUGGUGUAUACACCUUUAAAUCUGCUAUAGGCAGAGUAAAUGGAGUGAGCACCAGAUACUAUACUUUACACAUACCAACUCCAAAAUGUUUGAGAAACAGUAUAUGAGACUGUUCUCUCUGGUAAUGAAAGAUAAAGGAAUUAAAUCACAUAAAAUAUUGUGUGCAAUAUUACUAUGUAUGGUGUCUGCACCUUUAAGUCUAUUAUAGAAUAGACAGAAUAGGGCAUUCACCCAAAACUACUGUACUUUUAAAAAAGAUAUAAACCUUAAAACAGGAGUACAGUAUUGAAGACUGCUCCUAUAAUGCAAUAAUGUUAUCGCUUAAAAAUAACCACGUAGGGGAAAAAAAAAAGAGCUUAAAAUGAAUAAAUCAAAUUUAUUAAAAAAUAGAUAAUGAAAAGUAAUAAUAAUAAAGAUAUAGAUUAAUUAAAAUACCAAAAUAUAAGUCAGGAACGAAAGGCAAGAAUGUUACCAGCACAAUUGUAGUCCUUGUUAGCAAGUUGUAUCUGGGGCCGGCCAGGAUGGAUGUGGAUACUAUGUGUCACCAAUAGUUCUCUCUGGCUGUCGGCUUACAGUGAGGUCGGCGUGCGUCUCAGACCUCACUCUGAGAACUGCACGCUGCAGCCCGAUCGGUCCCCAGCUCGUGCAGGCUUCUUUCAGUGUGUCCAAGGUCCUACUGCCGAGUAACCUUCUGCCACCGUAUCCUGCUUGCAAAUCUGACGCGUUUCGUGGGUGUCCGCCCCACUUCUUCAGAGAUAGAAGAUCUUCUAUCUCUGAAGAAGUGGGGCGGACACCCACGAAACGCGUCAGAUUUGCAAGCAGGAUACGGUGGCAGAAGGUUACUCGGCAGUAGGACCUUGGACACACUGAAAGAAGCCUGCACGAGCUGGGGACCGAUCGGGCUGCAGCGUGCAGUUCUCAGAGUGAGGUCUGAGACGCACGCCGACCUCACUGUAAGCCGACAGCCAGAGAGAACUAUUGGUGACACAUAGUAUCCACAUCCAUCCUGGCCGGCCCCAGAUACAACUUGCUAACAAGGACUACAAUUGUGCUGGUAACAUUCUUGCCUUUCGUUCCUGACUUAUAUUUUGGUAUUUUAAUUAAUCUAUAUCUUUAUUAUUAUUACUUUUCAUUAUCUAUUUUUUAAUAAAUUUGAUUUAUUCAUUUUAAGCUCUUUUUUUUUUCCCCUACGUGGUUAUUUUUAAGCGAUAACAUUAUUGCAUUAUAGGAGCAGUCUUCAAUACUGUACUCCUGUUUUAAGGUUUAUAUCUUUUUUAAAAGUACAGUAGUUUUGGGUGAAUGCCCUAUUCUGUCUAUUCUAUAAUAGACUUAAAGGUGCAGACACCAUACAUAGUAAUAUUGCACACAAUAUUUUAUGUGAUUUAAUUCCUUUAUCUUUCAUUACCAGAGAGAACAGUCUCAUAUACUGUUUCUCAAACAUUUUGGAGUUGGUAUGUGUAAAGUAUAGUAUCUGGUGCUCACUCCAUUUACUCUGCCUAUAGCAGAUUUAAAGGUGUAUACACCAUAUAGUUUUACUGCAUUUAUUUCAUUUCUUCCAGCUCCUUUCAGACAAUAUUGGAGUUGAUUUGCAAAGCCAUUUUAGGUGGAUCAGCUCCUGGAACAUAUAUACCAACUAAGGUUGUUAUAUUACUCUUUCCUAUUGCAUGGCGUUUAUGUUUAAGUGCCUUUACCAAUGUUUUACAGCAUUUAUUUCCAUGCAAGUAAAAAGUUCCCCUAGUUAGUUGAACAAGAUCAAGGGCUUGAAUAUUAAGUAGCUUUUUUUUAAUUCUAUUCAAAGGCUUUUAAAUUGGACCUCUCCAAAUGGAACCUGCCUUAUUUUACCUUGACGGGUCGUGUUAACAUUUUAAAAAUGAUGACUCUUUUGUCAUGCUUCUGGUAAGGUCAGAUAUGAGACUCAAUCUGAGGUUAACUUUAGGUUCUUUAUUAGAAUUCUUAGACAUGUUUUGCUUAAAACAAUAAGCGUAGCCGGACUAAAAGGGAAUUGAAAGCAAAAAGGAGAAUACAAAAUAGAGGGAUAGGAAAUAAGCCUAAAAACAGGUCAAAUACUAAAUAAAGCCUAUACAUGAAGUUAUAGGACAGAGGGAACAAUUACAACCUAUAAAAAAAGUUACAGGUAAGUAUAAAGUGGGUUUUGAAUUAGAGGGUUUAUACAAUAAGCCCCAGUCAGGAUAUAAACUUUACCUAGCAGAGUGUAACCUCUUAGAGCAGGUUGAAAUGAUUAUGUUAGGCGGGUGAUAGAAUCUUUGUUUAGAGAAGUGGUUAGGGAGGCCACUAGUGGAGAAAAAACUGGAACAUGUUUUAAAGAAACAGAAAUAAAAGAAACAUAAUUCUUGGUUGUCAGGACAGAAUCCUGACAUCUUCCUAGACUACUAUAUACAUGUUGCAGACAUUGCCUUUUAUGUUCCACGAUACUUUUUUGCAAAACUCAAAGCCCUUUUUAUUACAUAUAAUUGGGGGGUAGGGGCAUAAACACCCAAGAAUUGCCUAUCAUAUAUUAACUAGAAGCACCUACAAGGGGGGACUGGGAUAUCUAAUAUACAGCAGUAUUAUAUAGCUGCAGUACUGGUCAGAUUACGGGAAUGGACCAAAAUAGAAUAUAAGAAAUCCUGGUACUCAAUUGAACAGAGUUUUGCCGCAACCCCAUUGUAUGUUAUGCCCUGGUUGACUACUAAUAUUCAUAGGCUUUGUCCAUUUUUACACCCUUUAAUUACAAACACGCUCAAAAUAUGGAGAAAAUAUAGGUCUAUUUGGUCAUUGUCUCCAGGUAUAUCACCAUUAUGGAUAACCCUGAUUUUCAGGAAGUCCAGGAACAUCAACCAAUGCUCCGAUUGACCGGCAAAUCCCAGAUACGCCUUAACCAUCUUUUAGUGAAGGAUACUAUACCUACUUUAGCAUUGCUCUUUGUAAUGGAGCUGGCUGGGUACCUUCGCCAAGGACCACUUCCUAGCUAGAACAGGGACAAACUGCAGCACUUCUACACACAGUCGACGUAGCUUGACUGGGGUCUUUGAAUCACUCCCUCCUGGAGCCCAAUGGGGAACUUGCUCUAUUCACCCCCAGGCAUUGGACAACACUCAGUCCUGGGAGCUCUAAUCUUUACAAGGACUUUAACUGUUGAAUCCUCCACACUGGAACAAGCUUAUCCCUAUCCCUCCCAGUAACCAGACGACACAUAGUUCUGGGAGUACAAGCUGGAAUGCUUUAAUCUGGUCAGAUAGCCUGCUUUUAUACAAUUUAGAUAUAGUCAAAAAUGCCCAUAAUACUCCUACACAAAACAGGAUUGUGAAGACACCUCUGGUGUCUUUAAGAGAAACCGCCGUUUAGUUCACCUUCCCCUUUCGCAAUAUCAAUAAUCCAUUCGCAUCAAUUGUAUUACACGAACCAUAACCAGGGGAAAAGGUAAUCUCCCGACCGUGAUCCGUGAGAAGGCUCCAAACUCCCGAACGGAAAUCCACAAACCGCUGCUAACCACCGAACAACGAUAUCCACCGAGCGGCUCUCGGUUCCAUAAAUCAGUCUCUAAGCGCAAUAAGAAUCCCCCCAAUAACGAGACAGAAUCUCCGCAUUGAGGGUCAAACAGGAUCUGCAUUUACUGUGGGCUACCUGCCCGUAUUUAUGCAGGUCUCCCACUUGGUGGACGCUCCCCUAGGGGACCAAAUGGGAGACUGUAAUUACAGAUGGACAUGAGGACAUAACAGACAUACAGUCACAAGCUUUUCCCACAAUGCAAUAUGGUCUCCUCCCCUCUGCCCUGGAGAUAAUUGAGAAGUAAUUCAAUUAUCUCCAGGACAAAGACAAAUCGCCAUCUUAGAUAUAAAAGCAGAAAACACAUAAAAAUACAUAAUUUGAAAAUAACCGAACAUUUCUCAUUCGCAUCACAUAUCCCCAGAUAGCCUGGAUUUGAGUGCAUAUUAUUGGCGAAUAGCGCCCAGAUCCCACACACAUAGUUCAAUCGCCAUGGAGUCAAAGUUCUUACAGUCUUUCGGUGUGCGAUUGACUCCAUGGGAGGGCUAUCUGGGUUAAAGUCUUUUAUGUGCUGUAAAACUCCCGAACGGCCGGUGUUCGUACGUUUUCGUGGAGGCAGCCAGGCGUCCCGUUGUUUCAGCGGUGUUCGGCAGAAAAAUUGUCUGUUUUUAGUUCCAUGAAAAUAGAGCCGAACACCGCUGGGCUUUCGUGUGUUUUAAAAUGGCCGCUGCCUCGUGGGCGACAUACGAACGACGGCCACCCUGAAUUCGGUUUAAUUGAGAAGUGUCUGCGGUUAACCACAAUGUUCUAAUUGGGAUCAAUAGGUUAACCAGCAGCACACUUCUCUCCUGGGUGGCCAUCCGUUCAGUAGCUUUGUUCGGCGAAAAAAUAGUCAUUCGUAUGGCUGGGCUAUAGAAAACAGCCAUUUACACGAAAGUGCAGGAAACAGACGAAUCCACCACAAUAGUGAGACGGAUGGUUCUGUCACAAGGAUAAUCCCUUCCCUGUUUGCUCCUGAGUAGCUGUUGGAGUAACCAGCGGAGAAGAAGCACUGCUAUCACUGCUCUCCUCUACAGAAUGCAAUACCAGUCAUGAACAAUGGUAGAAGUACAGGAUUACUAAGGUCAGCAGUGCGACAGGGCCCUCUGUGUUUCGUCUGUUACAGUGGGACCAUGAGCUAGCUGAAUGGCCACCUUAGGGCCUCCAGGAGGUGUCUGGCUGUCAGAUUACACACUGGUCCACAGGGACAGGAUUCCCAUUGGUCCCCAGGUAAAGGAUUCACAUUGAGCCAAUGGGGUAAGUAUGACAGCUGGAUGGGCUAAAUAAAAAUUAAAAAUAUAUAUAUAUAUAAAUAAAAGUGAGUGUGUGGGAGAAUGUGUAUGUGUAUGAGUGUGUCAAAUCAGUGAGAAUGUCUGUCAGCAAGAGUUCUUAUCAGUCUAUCAGUGUGUGUCUGUGAGUCUCUGUCAAGGGUAUGACAGUGUGUGUCUGUCAGUGAAUGUGUAAUAUUGAGUGUAUGUCAAUGUGUGUCUGUCAGUGAGCAUGUUUGUCAGUAAGUGUAUGUCUAUCAGUGAGUGUAUGUGAGUGUGUGCCUGUCAGUGAGAAUGCAUGUGUCUGUCAGUGAAAGUGUAUGUUGGUCAAACACUCUGUGUGCCAAUGAGUGUAUGUAUGGGUCAGUAACUGUGUGCUUAAAAGGAUGAAAGUGUUUAAUGAAAAAAAAAUAGUUUCACUCACUUCAUGUGAUUUGUAGAAAAAUGCAUAUAUGUGUGUACAUGUGUAUAUAUGCAUGUGCAUAUACACAGUAUAUAUAUACACAUGUGCAUGUAUUAUUAAUAAAUGUGUAUUAUUUUAAAUUGUAUAUGCGAAAUGUGUAUAUUAAAGAGCAUUCCAUUCCAUGUGUACAUUGUACAUGUAUAGGUUUUAAUUUAAAGCUCUUUAAAAAUAUGGUCCCUCCCAUACCUGUCAAUGAAAUUCUGAACAUUAGAUCUGGUGUGCUAGUGGCACACCAGGUCUAGUGCCAUAGUUUGAGUGACAGGCAGUCCUCUUGCUCUAUUUUCAUAGAUUGAGUAAUAGGCGCUUGCUGGGGGAGUAUGAGAUGCACUGACGCCAGUGUGCUGGCAGUGAAGCAAGCAUGUUAUCGUCAGCACGGGGGAUUGCCCUGCUUAAGGAAAUGAACCCAAGCAGGGACAAUUACAUUCACACACAAUCAAACCCCAUGUACAGUCACACUCAGCGAGACAAACACACACACGCAAUCACACUCCGCUAACUCUACCCAUACAUAUCACACUCAGCCAAGCCCAACAUAAAAUCACACUCAGCCAACACUCGCACAAUCACACUUAGCCACCAGUCACACACAUCCCACUCAGGUGUUUUACUAAGGGGGAGCAAGGAGAGGUAAUAGGGGGAACCCUUCUUUGAUCUUUGCACUAGGGCCUGGCCUACUUAUUUCCCUGGCAAUGAGUAUGGAGGGACAGCUGUAUUAGUCUCUAAAAGUUUAUUUUUAGCCAACAAAUUGUUCAGAGCUGACAUUUAAUGUGGAUAAGUGCAAGAUAAUUCAUCUUGGGCAUAAAAACCCAAGAGCAGAGUAUAGAGUAUUUGAUACCCGAAUAACCUCAACAUAUGAGGAAGGGAUUUAGGGGUGAUUAUUUCUGAUGACUUAAAGGUAGGCAGACAAUGUAAUAGAGCAGCAGGAAAUGCUAGCAGAAUGCUUGGUUGUAUAGGGAGAGGUAUUAGCAGUAGAAAGAGGGAAGUGCUCAUGCCAUUGUACAGAACACUGGUGAGACCUCACUUGGAGUAUUGUACACAGUACUGGAGACCGUAUCUUCAGAAGGAUAUUGAUACCUUAGAGAGGGUUCAGAGAAGGGCUACUAAACUGGUUCAUGGAUUGCGGGAUAAAACUUACCAGGAAAGGUUAAAGGAUCUUAACAUGUAUAGCUUGGAGGAAAGACGAGACAGGGGGGAUAUGAUAGAAACAUUUAAAUACAUAAAGGCAAUCAACACAGUAAAGGAGGAGACUAUAUUUAAAAGAAGAAAAACUACCACAACAAGAGGACAUAGUCUUAAAUUAGAGGGGCAAAGGUUUAAAAAUAAUAUCAGGAAGUAUUACUUUACUGAGAGGGUAGUGGAUGCAUGGAAUAGCCUUCCAGCUGAAGUGGUAGAGGUUAACACAGUAGAGGAGUUUAAGCAUGCGUGGGAUAGGCAUAAGGCUAUCCUAACUAUAAGAUAAGGCCAGGGACUAAUGAAAGUAUUUAGAAAAUUGGGCAGACUAGAUGGGCCGAAUGGUUCUUAUCUGCCAUCACAUUCUAUGUUUCUAUGUAAAUUUUGAUUUUAAUAUUUUUCCAUUAGCAAAAUUAAAACCUAUUUAUAUAGAAGGUUAAUUAAUCUAAGACAGCCCAUUGAUUUACAUGUUAAAUGAAUUGCAAUGAUAAUAAGGAAAUUGUUUUUUGCUGGUUUCAAUUUUUAUUUUCCCUUUUUAGUACCGCCAAUUACGAAUUUUGAGAGAAACGGAAAGUCCUGUCCUUAUUGCAUCACUUCCUACAAUUUAAAUUGCACUGCUUAUGCAGACAUGCUCUGCACUGGAGAUUUCAAUGAAUGUUUUGAAAUGUCUGUUCAAUAUAAAGGUAAACAUGUCAAACUUUACAACCAUAGUGUAACUCUCUACCUCUAUGUGACCGAGGAUUUUUGAUAUUCUGUGCUUUGCGAUCAAAGUUGUUUUGGUUCUUUUGAUAUGUGUUCAUUCCAACAUUAUUUUAGAAAUAUAAGAUUUAACUGUAUUUAUUGCAUGUGGGCAUUACUCACAAAAACAGACAUUUUUUUUACAUUUAGUUGACAUUUUUAGUAAGCUGUACUGCUAGUAAUACAUAACCAUUAGUGAUGUCGCGAACCGUUCGCGGCGAACUCCGGUCGGCUGACACAUCCCUGCCAAUCUCCGGCAGACCCUCCCUCCCAGACUCUCCCACCUCCUGGACAGCAUCCAUGGUUCGCGACAUCACUAAUAACCAUGCCUUAGAACACAAUAAUGUCCAAAAGUGAAGUCAAAUAUAAAUCAUAUGUAUGCAGGGCUGGAUUAACAUAGGGGCUGAUGGAAUAGGCACAUUUUUUCUUUUUUUACACACUACUCAGUGUUUGCCACCUGACUGGUAUUUUAAGGCACAGCCGGUAUUUGAGGCUACCUGGUCGUGACGGUAUUGCAGUAAUUCUGGCAAUACAAAUGCAAAUAUUUUUCUCAGUAUAAACGGAGAUUACUCUGCAAUACCAGCACCGGCCAGUAGGGGUCACUGUGUAUGGAGAGAGGCAGGGAUAGGAAGUUACAGCAUAUCCCUCCCUGCCUCUCUCUACUCACUGGUCCGCGGGGGAGCAGCUACACAGCACAGAGAGUCCAGACAGCAGCUCCCAGCCUGCAGAGACAGACUACAGCUCAGGUAUGUGAAGAAUGGAGGGAAAGGCAGCAGAGAGACACUAGGGGACACAUGGGGGACACUGAGACACUAGGGGACACUGAGAGACAUGGGGAUGGUGAGAGACAUAGGGAGACACAUUGGGACAUAGAGACACUAGGGACACAGUGUUUCCAUGUCUCCCAGUGUCCCCAUGUCUCCCAGCCAGUGUCCCCAUGUCUCCCAGCCAGUGUCCCUAGUGUCUCAGUGUCCCCAUGGCUCUCAGUAUCCCCAUGGCUCCCAGUGUCCCCUAGUCUCCCAGUGUCUGUGUCCCCAUUACUCUCAAUGUCCCCGUGUCUCCCAGUGUCCCCAUGUCUCCCAGUGUCCCAAAAUGUCUGUGUCCCCAUGUCUCCCAGUGUCUCAGUGUUCUCAUGUCUCCCAGUGUCCCUAUGUCUCCCAGCCAGUGUCCCUAGUGCCUCAGUGUCUCCAUGUCUCCCUGUUUCUGUGUCCCCAUGCCUCCCAGCCAGUGUCCCUAGUGUCCCCAUGUCUCCCAGUGUCUGUGUUCCCAUGUCUCUGUGUCCCUAGUGUCUGUGACCCCAUUUCUCCCAGUGUCCCCAAAUGUCUCAGUGUCUCCAUGUCUCCCAGUGUCUCCAUGUCUGUAUCCACAAGUGCCCCCAUGUCUCCCAGUGUCCCCAAGUGUGUCAGUGCCCCCAUUUCUCCCGGUGUCCCGAAGUGUCUCAGUGUCCCCGGGUCUCUCAGUGUCCCCUAGUAUCCUAGUGGCAUGGGACACACUGGGACAUGGGGACACUGGGAGAAAUGGGGACACAGACACUGGGAGAUUAGGGGACUGGGCGUCAUGGGGACACUGACACUGUGAUACAUAGGGACACUGAUGCCAGGCUGGACUUCCAAUUCUUUGGACAGACAUGCCCCCUUUUUGGGCAUAUUUGCCCCUUUUGGCAGUUCUGGUCACGUGAUUCACGUCAGUGGCCUACCCUUUUACCCCGCCUAUUGACUUCCUGCUUCACUGGACACUACUGUCAGGGGGUAUGGAUUUACUUGAAAGAUGAAAGCAUAAAUUAGAUAAAGAGUUUAGCAUAGAGUAUGUGUUUUUUUAUAGCUGCAUCCUUUGAAUUUCCCUCCAACACCAACUCCAUCAGAUAUAUGACGCUUGAGAGGUAUGACUGUUUUAGUGUUUUUGGUCGAUAAGAUUCUGUAUUUAGGCCCCAUCAUAAUUGUCAGCACCAGGCCCACUGGGCUCUUAAUCUGGCCCUGUAUGUAUGUACUUUUGUUAAAAGUCUAUAAAGUCUUUGGCUGUUAUACAGUGCAUGGUAUCUCAAAGAUAAAGGAAAAAGAGAGACAAUAAUAGUGGAGUAAGUCUUUAACAAAGUGAAGUAGAGUACUAUAACAAAAACUCACUCACAAUUUAUAGAGCUACAAAGAGCUCUGCUGUGUAGGACAUAGAUGGUUCAAUCCCCGUCACUGGAUAUAUUUUCAACUACAAUGGUGGUAGCCUUUAUCUGUGUCUCGAAUAUAUGAAGACAAAAAUUGGGAUAUCCAGUAGUGCAAUAUGUAUAUCAAAAUGGUAGUGCAUAUACAAAAAGGUAGGUAUCUUACUCACAUGAACUAGAGCAUGGACCUUGUGGCAGACCUUUCUGCCUCUGGGUUAUUAUUUGAGACUGUUUCGUCUGUUUGUUCGCCAGUCCCCGGUUGUUCGUGUGUUUUCCUGAUUGCAUUCACAUGAAUUGAAUCGGCUGGCUUGAGUUUUUCCACUACGCACAAGUCUACUUAUAGGGUAAAAUGACAGACAGAAGAUUACAAUACAGAUAAUAAAGCAAGCCCAAAAAGUUAACCCUUAAGUGUAGUAAGACUAUAUAUAUAUAUAUAUGUGUGUAUGAAAUGGUGCCUUCUGUAUUAUAAUGCCCAGUAUCUAAAAAAAAAAAAACAGCAAACAAUAGUGUAAAUGUGUAGCAGAAUAACUAGAUAAAAUUAUUAUUAUGAAGGCACACUCACACUUUGUAGAGCUACUGAGAGGGAGAGCUCUGCUGUAUUUAGCAUAGAUGGUACAUUCCCCAUCUUGGGAUAUAUAUAUUUAACAGCAGUGAUGGUGUAUCUUUAAAUGGCAAAAUGAAACAUUAGGACAAAAGGCAGACAUAUCCAAUAGUGCAAUAACCAUACAGACGGAAUGGAUAAGUAUCCUACUUACAUAUAAAAGAGCAUAAAACCUGCUCUAGUUUAGUAGAGCUUUGGUGGUACAAUCCCCAACAUUAAAAGAUCACUAUAGUGUCAGGAAAACAAACCUGGCGCUGAAGGGGUUAAAACCCCUUCAACCACUUACCUUACUCCAGUGCCAGGCUCUCUUCCCCCGCCGACGUCAGCUCCCGAGUGGAUGCGAGCGCACAUUCAAACAAUCCAUAGGAAAGCUUUUCUUAAUGCUUUCCUAUGGACACUCUGCAUAGGAAGACAGCCACUAGAGGUUGGAUUAACCCUGCUAUAUAAACAUUAACAUCUAAAGGGUUAAAACCUGGAGGACCUGGCACCCAGACCACUUCAUUGAGCUGAGGUGGUCUGGGUAACUAUAGGUUCCCUUUAAAUAAAGAGACUGUGACAGGAGACUCCAGAUACCACAAUCAAUGAGAUGACCUGAUUAGAGUGUAUAGAGCUUCACUUUAAAUACACUUCUGAAAUAGUAACUAUGAUGACACCACUAGAGACUGAAUAUUAAAUUAAUGUUAUAGCGUAAGAUUGUAUUAAUUCUCCUCUUUCUCAGAUUUAGGUACAUUCCCAGAAUUUGAAACCUUCAGUGGAUGUUCUUCGAAAAGCAUGUGCGACUUUGCAAAUGUCUUUAUAAAUCCUAUCUAUGGUAAAAAUGUGACUGUCAUAUGCAACACUGGGACAAGCCUACAGCUUUUUACAGUUUUAAUUAUUCUGGCACUUGCUGUUUCCUCUGUGAUAUAAUUUGUUACUCAGUUUAUUAAUGCUUUAAAGGAACACUCCCAGCACCACGCUGUAGUGGUUAUGGUCCCGGGAGUGCCCUGGCACCUCCUUCUUUCUAAGGAAUCAAACCAUUUUAGAAUAAUUUGACUUUUUAUCUGGAUCAGCCAGGCACCACUCCAUGCCUCCACUAUUGCUCAGGCUGGUGGCUCAGCUCAAAGGUUGAUCAACUGAUGCUCAUAACCAAUGCAUUAGCCAUGUUCUGCAGGACUUUGAUCAUGAGACCUAACCAAAGCAGUAGAGGAGCAGACCCCCAGGUAAGAAGUCAAACUAUUC